AUGCAGGCCGGCGGCGGCGAGCGGUGUAGAGUUGAGUGGGAGACUUGGGUGAGAGUGAGCGUGAGCGUGAGCGUCAUGGAACGGGGCGGAGAGCAGCGGAGGGAUCUCAGUGAAUGGAUGCAGAGUGCGAGUGCGAGUCGUACCACGCCAGAUACCAACCAUCACGAUCCAGAGCCAUCCAGUGGUGGAAGCGGAAAUGAGAAUGAGAAUGAGAGUGAGGCUGUCCGGUAUAGGCGCCUACGAGUCCUGCGACGAGUGUGCCAACCACCACCACCACCAUCAUCACCACCACCAAUGCCACCAAACGCCCCCACGCUGCCAGCCCUGUGGCCCACUCCUCUGGAGUCCUGGGUCCUGGGUCCUGGGGCCACAGGGAAUACCAGGGAAUACCAGGGGAUACCAGAAUUACCAGAAUUACCACAAUUAGCUCACACAAGAACAGAAUCGCCAUUCAGCGGGGGCCGGACCGAUGGGGAGUUUCAUGUCCUGAUUGGGGGAGGAGAUCAGUCCAUCGUCUGGAGACUACCGCCAGGACAGUCCGAGUCAGCAUUAUCAAGAAAAGAGUCGCAUCCUCCACAGAGUCAUAGUCGUCGUCAUCGUCAUCAUAUCAUAUCAUCAUCAUCGCUAUUAUCACCAUCAUCCCGAUCAAACAGAGCGCAGUGCAGUGCAGAGUACCACUACGGCCUUACGUACGAAGCAGGCAGAAGCACCGCUGGCCACGUGCAUCAGUUUUCCCCUCCUCCUUCCAAUGUUUCCAUGCAUCACACUGCGCCCGGCCCUGCGCCGCCCCUCUUCCUGCUUCUGCUCUACACCGAUGCAGACACCGAUCCAGAUGCAGAUGCAGACGCAGACGCAGAUGCAGAUGGAAGCCCCAGAUGGAAGACGCAGACCCUUCUCAACUCCCGAAGUACAGUACUUGGAUCACUUUUGAUGUACCUGCAAAGUCUAUCUGCACAGUUACAGUACAAACCGUGCUGCAUGCUUCCGAGCUGA